AUGUCUAGCAGAGGUCGUGGCGGCAAGUUUGCCAAGCCGAGGCGUGGAGGUGGAAAGCACUUCAGCAGGGAUCUUCAGCCUGUGAACGCCGAAGGCGAAGUGGAGGGCAUGUGGGGAGAGCCUCGGGGCAAGAAGAAGGAGGAGUCGUCUUCCUCUGAAGAGGAGGAGGAUUCGUCAGAAGAGUCCUCGUCCGACGACGGAGAAAAGCCAGAGAUGACGCGCGAGGAGCGCAAAGCUGCCGCAAAGGCUCGCAAGGAAGCGGCCAUUGCCAGACAAAAGGCCAAGCAGGCCGCGCCGGGUGAUAUGCCUACCGAUUCCGAGGAAGAAGAGUCUGACGACGACGCGAUGCCCGCCAACCCGAACCACUCCGUCAAGGCCGCUAAGAUGGCUGCCAACCCCACCGCUAGCUCCAGCGCUCCCAAGAAGUCGACCCCGGUAUCCCAGCUCUCGCGCCGCGAGCGCGAGGCGCUGCAGGCACAACAGGCACGCGAGCGCUACCAGAAACUACAUGCGGAAGGCAAGACCGAGGAGGCACGGUCUGACCUGGAGAGGCUGAAGAUCGUGCGCGAGAGGCGUGAUCAGGAAGCCGCCAGGAAGAAGGCCGAGGCCGAAGAGCGCGCCGAGCACGAAAAGGCCAAGGCGGAGCAGAUCGCCAGAGAGGAACGUCAGCGCGCACUGCAGAAAUCGAAGCUGGCAAACAAGAAGAAGGGCAAGAAAUAA